AUGGCGUCACCCACGGAAGCCAAGUACUCCGCGCUCACCUUCAACUCUCCACUCUCCCAACUCCACGCAGACGAACUGAUCAACCACCUCGACCUAACAAAGAAUACAUCCGUCGUCGACCUCGGAUGCGGCUGGGGAGAACUCCUCAUCCAAACCUCUCUCAAAACAGGCGCAAAAUGCACUGGCGUUGACACCGAUGAAAGCUGCCUACAGCGAGGGGGCCAGAUCGCCGACUCACGAGGGGCCAAUGUGACAUUUCUCAAUCAAAGUGCGGAUCAAUGGCACGAACAGACCGAUCGAGCUAUUUGCAUCGGCUCGUCUCAUGCGUUCGGUGGAGCUACGGCCAUGUUCAGCAGUCUCGCAAAGGUAGUUCCAACAGGCAGGGUUCUCGUAGGAGACAUGUGCUGGGAACGUCCUCCCACGCAAGCUGCCCUGGAUAUAUUCGGUGACGAAGUACACAUGUUAGUGGAUUUGGUGAAGAUGGCACGCGACGCUGGGUGGAAGGUACUGCAUUUGACUACGUCGGAUCAGCGAGAAUGGGAUGAUUUUGAGUCAGGACAUCGUGCUGGGCUGAGGAAAUGGCUUAUUGAGAAUCCUGGGGCCGAGGAGGCUAAAGAGGUUGAGGAGCAGCAGAAUGGGCGAGAAAUGGAUUACUUGAUGCACUACAGGGGUGUUUUGGGCUUUGCCUGGCUAGUUCUUGCACGGUGA